GCUGCUCCAGGCUAGAGUUGGUGGCUGGACCUCCUGCGACCUCGGGCUGUGAUGCUGCCUUUCUCUUUCCUCUGGGCGGCCCGGUCUCUGCAGAGAUGCGGUCAGCUGGUCAGGAUGGCUGUACGGGCCCAGCACAGUAAGACAGCCCAGACCCGGACUGGGGAAGCAGCCAGGGGUUGGACAGGCCGAGAGAGCCUGUCAGACAGUGACCCUGAGAUGUGGGAGCUACUGCAGAGGGAGAAGAACAGGCAGUGUCGUGGCCUGGAGCUCAUUGCCUCAGAGAACUUCUGCAGCCGAGCUGCGCUGGAGGCCCUGGGGUCCUGUCUGAACAACAAGUACUCGGAGGGUUAUCCUGGCAAGAGAUAUUACGGGGGAGCAGAGGUAGUGGAUGAGAUUGAGCUGCUGUGUCAGCGCCGGGCCUUGGAGGCCUUUGACCUGGAUCCUGCGCAGUGGGGAGUCAAUGUCCAGCCCUAUUCGGGGUCCCCAGCCAAUCUGGCCGCCUACACAGCCCUUCUGCAGCCCCACGACCGAAUCAUGGGGCUGGACCUGCCUGACGGGGGCCAUCUCACCCACGGCUAUAUGUCCGAUGUCAAGCGGAUCUCUGCCACAUCCAUCUUCUUUGAAUCCAUGCCCUACAAGCUGAAUCCCAAAACUGGCCUCAUUGACUAUGACCAACUGGCACUGACAGCCCGGCUUUUCCGACCACGACUCAUUAUUGCUGGUACCAGUGCCUAUGCGCGUCUCAUUGACUAUGCCCGAAUGAGAGAGGUGUGUGAUGAGGUCAGAGCACACCUACUGGCAGACAUGGCCCACAUCAGUGGCCUGGUGGCUGCCAAGGUGAUCCCCUCACCUUUCAAGCAUGCGGAUGUUGUCACCACCACCACUCACAAGACCCUUCGAGGGGCCAGGUCAGGACUCAUCUUCUACCGGAAAGGGGUGCAGGCUGUGGACCCCAAGUCUGGUCGGGAGAUCCCAUACACAUUUGAGGACCGAAUCAACUUUGCUGUGUUCCCAUCACUGCAGGGUGGCCCCCAUAACCAUGCCAUUGCUGCAGUAGCUGUGGCCCUAAAGCAGGCCUGUACCCCCAUGUUUCGGGAGUAUUCCCUACAGGUUCUGAGAAAUGCUCGGGCCAUGGCCGACGCCCUGCUAGAGCGAGGCUACUCAUUGGUGUCUGGUGGUACCGACAACCACCUGGUACUGGUAGACCUGCGGCCCAAGGGUCUAGAUGGAGCUCGGGCUGAGCGGGUGUUGGAGCUUGUAUCAAUCACUGCCAACAAGAACACUUGUCCUGGAGACCGAAGUGCCAUCACACCCGGGGGCCUACGGCUAGGGGCCCCAGCCUUGACCUCCAGACAGUUCCGGGAGGAUGACUUCCGGAGAGUUGUAGACUUUAUAGAUGAAGGUGUCACCAUUGGCUUGGAGGUGAAGAGUAAGACUGCCAGGCUGCAAGAUUUCAAAUCCUUCCUGAUUAAUGACCCAGAAACAAGGCAGCGGCUGGCCGACCUCAGACAACGGGUAGAGCAGUUUGCCAGAGCCUUCCCCAUGCCUGGAUUUGAUGAGCGCUGAAGGCACCUGGGCUGUGAGGCCCACAGAUUGGAAGUUCCUCUCCCUACCCCAUGCUGGGCCAGUGGAGGGAAAAGCUUAUCUUCCUAGUUUUUGAUGGGGGUGAGAAGGCCUCUGACUUAGAGGAAAAGUCAAGUACAUUACAUUCCAUUCCCCUUCCAAAAUUCAUAGCUGAGAAGACUUUUUUUUUGUAGCAAGACUUAGAAGACCCUGACUCGGUCAUUAUCUCAGUGUUACAGGCUCCCUGCUCUUGGGGAGAGGGAGGUUUACCCUUCUGAGCCAGAGGAGGGGGUGGGUAGGCCUCCUCCUUCCUGUUUUUACCUAAUAAAAUGCGAACCCACCCUGAGUUUCUCUUACUGUGGGAGGAGUCCCCUGGGCCAGUUAGUGAUUUGUCUUCCUCAGUGUAUUGCUCCCUUCCCUUCCCUCCCACCUCUGCCACCACAAGGACCCCCCGGGGGCUGCGGCCUCCUCUCUCAGUCUCUGAUCAUAUCCAACACCAGACGUGAUUAGCAGGCGCAGCAAAUUCAAUUUGUUAAAUGAAAUUGUAUUUUG